UUCCCCUCUCGAGUAUAAUGAGAUCCGAAAACAAAAGGAAAAAUGUGGAAUAUUAUCAGUUUAUGGGCAGUAGGAGUAAUAGUUAUAGGAAUAAGUCAUUGGGUUUACAAAUGGAAGAAUCCCAAAUGCAGAGGGAUUCUGCCUCCUGGCUCCAUGGGACUUCCCAUCAUUGGAGAGUCCUUUCAAUAUUUCUCUUCCCAUUCCUAUCAAGGAAUUCCACCCUUCAUUGCCAAAAGGACUGCAAGGUACGGGACACUGUUUAAAACAAGUUUACUUGGGCAGCCAGUGGUUAUAUCCACUGAUCCAGAAAUCAAUCACUAUGUCUUCCAACAAGAAGAAAAGCUCUUCCGGUGCUGGUACACAAAGAGUGCUAUUGAACUCACUGGCAUGCAAGGAUUGAUUGCUAAUGAUGGGGUUGUCCAUAAAUACCUCAGGAGUUUUAUUCUCUCUCUUAUCGGCCCAGAAGGGUUAAAGAGAGAUUUAUUAUCUGAAAUUGAUCUCGUAACUCGUAAACACUUGCAUUGCUGGGCUAGGCGUGGCGAGGUUGACGUCAAAGAAGCAACUGCAAUUAUGCUAUUCAUAUUUUUUGCGGGAAAGAUCCUUGGUUGCGAUGAACAAGAGGCGUUGGAAUUAAGAGAACAUUACAAAGCUUUUUACAAUGGCUUUCUCUCAUUCCCUGUCAAUGUGCCAGGAACAGCUUUCCAUGCAUGUUUACAGGGGCGUAAAAAUGCUGUAAAGGUGAUCAAAGACAUUUUCAAGAAAAGGAAGCUAUCCAAGGAGAAAAGAGAUGAGAAAGAUUUCUUAGAUUACCUAUUUCAAGAAGUGGACAAUGAUGAAGCACUUCUAACUGAAGCAAUUGCCGUGGAUGCAAUCUUUUUACUUAUAUUUGCUGCUUAUGAAACCACUUCUUCCUCCAUUACGCUACUCCUUAAACACCUGAAAGAUCGUCCUGACGUUUUAGGACAACUGAUGGAAGAACAUGGGCAAAUUCGUAGAAAUCGAGUAGACAAGGACGCCCCAAUUUCAUGGGUUGAAUACAAGUCGAUGACCUUCACGCAAAUGGUUACAAAUGAGACAGUAAGGCUUGCAAAUAUCGUCCCAGGGAUUUUUAGAAUAGUACUAAAGGAUGUGGAUAUCAAAGGAUAUACAAUUCCGGCAGGAUGGAUUUUUAUGGUAUGUCCAUCAUCAGUUCAUCUAGAUCCAACCAAGUAUGCGAGUCCCCUUACGUUUAAUCCAUGGCGAUGGAAGGACGAGGAAUUACAUAGUGCAUCAAAAAAAUUCAUGGCGUUUGGCGGAGGAAUCAGAUUGUGUGCUGGAGCUGAUCUUUCAAAGGUGCAAACAUCCAUUUUUCUCUAUUACUUGCUGGAAAAUUACAGUUGGAAUGUGACAAAUGAUGGAAAUAUUGUACGACAACCCGGUUUAAUCUUCAAGAAGGCGUUACGCAUUCAAAUCCGUGAAAUUCAAAGAGAAAAUGACAAGGAAAUCAUUGCCUGAGUUGAAGAUGGAUUAGUAAAUGAAUAUUUUUUUUAUGACUAUGUAUUGGCUAUACAAAUUAAACAAACUAUAUUCAAACUUUUAAAUAUGAUAUGUAAUAAGUUGUUCAUGUAUGAACAACAUUUAAUGUAAUACAUAUGUAUAAGUGGUUUUAUACGUGGGAAUCAUAGCAUGAAUAUGCUUAAUUAUGUGAAUAAGCAAGAUGUCUCCAUAUCACCAUGAUACUUCAUCCA